AUGUCAAACAUUUUCAUUAUUCAAAGUACAUUUUAUAAUUAUCAGACUUGUCAAGAAAUAAGUCAUUUUUUUUGGUUAAGUACAAGUGGUACUUAUAAAACGUUUUUUUACGAUGUUCAAUUAACAUUUUCAUCUUGUUUUAAUUAUAAUACUAAAUUAAAAUUAAAUUAUUAUAAUAAAAUAUUAUGUUAUUGUGCUAAUACAUCGAAGUAUAUAUCAAACUAUCGUGUUAAAGAUAAUUUUGACGAUUAUCUAUUUUCUACGGAUGAAAAAUUCGAUUCAAGUACAAAUGUUUGUCAAUUAAAUUUAAAUAAUCGAUUUAAAUGUUUAACAACAUCAGAUUGUAUUGAACGUCAAACAAUGUUAAGUAAUGAUGAAAAUAUUCGAUAA